AUGAGAGCAAUUGAACAUGGUGGGUCAUCUAGAACAAAAUUCCAGAUUCCCCUGGGUCUUCCAGUAGGAGCUGUGAUCAACUGUGCUGAAAAUACAGGAACCAAAAAAUUGUAUAUAAUCUCUGUGAAGGGAAUCAAGGGAUGCCUGAACCAACUGCCUGCUGCUGGUGUGGGCAACAUGGUGAUGUUAAGAAAGAAAGGCAAACCAGAAGUAAGAGAAAAGAUCCAUCCAGCAGUGGUAAUUUGAAAACAAAAGUUACAUUGAAGAAAAGAUGGGGUGUUUCUUUGUUUUGAAGAUGACAUAGGGGUCACAGUAAACAAUAAAGGUGAGAUGAAAGAUACUGCUAUCACAGGUCCAGCUGCAAAGGAGUGUGCAGACUUGUGGCCCAGGCUGGCCUCA